GUCGGAACUGAGCUCCUCCGCAGAUCGGGAUGUGAGCACCACUUGAUUCCUAACUGGAGGGGCAAUUCGUUCCUUUCACCUUCUGCAGGAACUUGGUUACCUUUGGGAGAAGGGUCCUUGCCCCCGGGAUAUAAGGGCGUUAGGCGAAUGAAGACACAGAGAUAGACUUGUUCAUCCUCACGACCACUCCAGACAUUUUCCCUGGCUGUUCCCCAUGCAUGGGAUGCUUCCCCUCCUCAUCUGAGCCAUCUAAUUUCCUACAAAUAUGCGUCUGUCAGCCUUGCUUGCCCUGGCAGCCAAGGUCAACCUGCCUCCUAAUUAUCGAUAUGGAAUGAGUAAACCUGGAUCUAUGGCUGACAAGAGGAGAAACCCUCCCUGGAAAAGGCAGCGCCCAGUCCUUGUGGAGCCUAUACCUGAAGAUUCCUGGAAUGUGUUUUGUGGGGACAUAGUAGAAAUCCUGGAAGGCAAAGAUGCUGGAAAGCAGGGCAAAGUGGUUCAAAUCAUCAGGGAGAGGAACUGGGUUGUCUUGGAAGGACUGAAUACGCAUUUCCGAUACAUUGGAAGGAGCAAGGAUUACCGGGGGACCAUGAUCCCCAGUGAAGCUCCCCUGCUUUUCCGCCAAGUCAAGCUCGUGGAUCCCACUGACAGGAAGCCAACUGAAGUGCAAUGGAGGUUUACAGAGGAAGGUGAACGUGUCCGAGUGUCCCUGAGGACAGGGAGGAUCAUCCCAAAGCCUGAGUUCCCCAGACCGGAUGGCAUUGUUCCCGAACAGUGGAUUGAUGGCCCCAAAGACACAUCAGUGGAAGAUGCUCUGGAGAGAACUUAUGUCCCCUGUUUGAAGACCUUGGGAGAAGAGGUGAUGGAGGCGAUGGGAAUCGUGGAGACUCGGAGGCACAGGAAAGUCUACUGGUAUUAAGGCUAAAGAGAGGACUGUCUUCUUGCUACCUACCUCCCCUCAGGGUCACAAUCCUGGAGUCUAAAGAAUUGCAUUAUUUCCUUUUGUCCAAUAAAAAUAAAGAUUUUCUGAGGAA